UCCAGUUUGGAGUGGUCGAGGAUGCCAUCAGAAGUAGCCUCUCCAUAAGACCUGCAGUGCAUCGGCACUGUGGUUUUAUAGACGUGGGAGCAUAUUAGUUGCUUAUUAGUUUAUUCUACCUCAAAAUAGUUUAAAAACACUUCAAAUUAUUUUACAGGUUAUGCCACCACGGGAAAAAAAAUUAGGUGUAACGAGGUGUUCAACUGGCAACAUUAUACGCUUUAUCGCACAAAGUAAGGGAUCCAUCUGAGGAAUCUGAAAACACCUUCAAGAGUGAUGAUGAAGACGAAACUCACCAUGAACCGAGCAGUCAACACCUUCGGACCAAACCAGUGAAAGUCGUCUUUAUGGAGUUUCAAAAUGACAUUUUCUAAACUGCUGAACGAGAGCAAGGAUGAAUUCCCCUCGGACUUUCUCUCCAACAUCAGCAACACCACCUGUGAGGGCAUCACCCUCGACUCUCAAGUCAUCGGUGUCGGAGUCUUUCUGGCCGUUUUCAUUUUGGUGGCCAUCGUCGGAAACAUUUUGGUUAUUCUGUCGGUGCUGUGCAAUAAACAUUUGCAGACGGUCACCAACUUCUUCAUUGUGAACCUGGCCAUUGCGGACCUUCUGCUUAGCAUCAUUGUCCUCCCGUUCUCCGCGUCUCUAGAGGUGCUGGGAUGCUGGGUGUUCGGUCGGGUCUUCUGCAACAUCUGGGCAGCGGUGGAUGUGCUCUGUUGCACGGCGUCUAUUUUAAGUUUGUGCAUUAUAUCUAUAGACAGGUACAUCGGGGUAAAGUACUGUCUGAAAUACCCCACUAUCAUGACUGAACGGAAAGCGGGUGUCAUCCUCGUGGUGGUCUGGGUUUCCUCGAUGGUGAUUUCCAUCGGACCGCUUUUGGGAUGGAAAGAGCCUCCACCUUCUGACGAGAGCAUCUGCAGCAUCACGGAGGAACCGGGUUAUGCUCUGUUCUCCUCUUUAUUCUCCUUCUACCUCCCGCUCAUGGUGAUUUUAGUCAUGUACAUUAGAGUAUACAUCGUGGCCCGCAGGACUACAAAAAGUUUGGAAGCGGGUGUGAAACGGGAGAGAGAUAAAUCAGUGGAGGUGGUGCUGAGGAUACAUUGCAGGAGCAUGCCGGAGGAUGCCAGCACGAACUCCAAAACCAAAAACCACCCGUUCAGAAGUUCACUGUCCGUGAGACUCAUGAAGUUCUCCAGGGAGAAGAAAGCUGCUAAAACCCUCGCCAUCGUCGUGGGGAUGUUCAUUCUUUGUUGGCUACCGUUUUUCUUCGUUUUGCCGUUGGGCUCUUUCUUCCCAGCUCUGAAACCCUCUGAGAUGGUGUUCAAAGUAAUCUUCUGGCUGGGCUACUUCAACAGUUGCAUUAACCCUGUAAUUUACCCUUGCUCGAGCAAGGAGUUCCAGCGCGCCUUCACCCGUCUGGUGCGCUGCCAGUGCCAGCGGCGCCGCCGAAUCCUCCGCCGCUUCUACGACCAGCGCUGGAGAACAGCCAUGCGAGGAGCCCGGAGGGACCCGCACGGAGACUACUGCUCUGGAUUUCCCUUUCACGAGCAGUGUGGUAACUCUAUCUAUUCCUGCCAGAGCAAGAGCCGGCCUCUUAGUCUGAAGAGCUGGAGCUUCUUCCCCCCUUUACAGAAGUCCUCCAUCCAGCUGAAGGAGAAAAUGAACAACCUUUCCAAUAAGAUUAAGAACGGGACAGGGAAGAGUAGUACGUCUGCUCUGGCCCGGACAGAGAUUGACACGGUCUCCAUGGGGAUCUAUAACGACUGCGGCGAUCAGAGCGGCUACCAGAUCUACGACCUCACAGAGUGCUACGGCCUGAAGGAAACAGACAUCUAAACAAAGACAGAGAUUACUGUCUGUUUUCUUUGAGAGCUCUGACCCACUGCCAGUUCUUAGGAAUUGUUUGAAUUUUUUGUUUUUUGUUCUCAAAGACUAGUAUUCUUGUCUUAAAAUACAGGCCAAUGACAAAAGGACAAUGCGUGAUAAAGAAUAUUAAUGUUUUUUCACAUGGAUAAUUUAAAAAUAUUUCUUUAAAAGAGGGAAAAGUACACUGAAUGGAAAAAUGUAUGUGGUGGGGAGGUAGUGGAGGGCUUAUCCGCACUGGAUCAGAUUGAAAAGACUCAUAGCUGCUGGGUAUGUGUAUACCGUGUUGUCCAUGUGGCCUUAGUCUGUCGGGUGUUUCAAACUCUCUGAUGACCAGCAAUGAUUUGAACUGUAUUUACAAUGAGAGAUUGUUACAGUUUCUUUGACUUGCUGUCCAUUAAGUGUGAAUGGAAAACAUGUUUGACUGUGAUGUAUUGAGACACUGUUGAAUCCGUGACACUGAUUUGUAUUAAUGAUUCACUGUGGUUCACAGUGCUGUGGAAUUCACUUUCAAAUCAUUCGAAAUCGAUUCCGAUACCUUUAAAUGUGAGGCACAGUUUGUAACCCAAACAGAUUUUGUGCAGAUGUUUUCAGUAUUACAGAGGGUAGUUGAAUACUGUGCUAUCCAUGUGCUAUUCAUGCUAUUCUCAUUUCAACCAUGAUAUUUAAGUCAUCCCUAAAUGAAAAAAAAAAAAAAAGAUCAUAAUUCAUGGACUACAACAAGUGUUGUUGAGAAAAGCUUUGAGUUUCUUUGUAAUGCUGAUGUGACAGUGUCUUUGAGUGUCAACUAUUAAACAUAAUAAAUCUGAAAA